AUGGCACGAGAACAACAAGUUAAAGCUGGAAACACUAUUGCACUCAGUGCUGUAAUCAAAGGAAUGCCUUUCCCCAAAGUCACCUGGAAGAAGGCAGACAAAGAAGUGCCUACAAAGGCUGAUAUUGUGGUCACACCUGUUGGAAGCAAGCUUGAAAUUCGCAACUGUGUCAAGGAAGAUGCAGAGGUUUAUUCUCUCACAGUAGAAAAUGAAGCAGGCUCUAAGACUGUUGAAGUAAAAGUUAUUGUACUUGAUAAACCUGGUCCACCAAGGAAUCUACAAGUAAGUGAAAUUAGGAAAGAUUCUUGCUAUCUUACCUGGAAAGAACCCGAGGACAAUGGUGGCUCUGUUAUUACCAAUUACAUUGUUGAAAAGCGUGAUGUUGCCAAUCCUCGUUGGGUGCCUAUCUCAACUACAUCUAAGAAACACAGUAUUAUGGCCAAACACCUGAUGGAAGGCACACAGUAUAUGUUCCGAGUUGCUGCAGAAAACCAAUAUGGACGAAGUUCUUACAUUGAAACACCAAAACCAAUAAAGGCCAUUGAUCCAAUUUAUCCGCCUGGGCCACCAAAGAACCUUCAUCAUGUAGAUGUAGACAAGACUGAGGUAUCUCUUGCUUGGAACUAUCCAGACCGUGAUGGUGGUUCUGAGAUCACUGGAUUUGUAGUUGACUAUCAGGAAGAUGGGGCAGAGGACUGGAUCAACUUCAAGACUGUCUCUAUACCGGAGUGUAUUGUCACUGGUCUGACCAAUGGAAAGAUAUACAAAUUCCGUGUUAGAGCUCAAAAUAUUGCAGGACUGAGCCGGCCAGACACAACUGUACCAAUAGAGUGUCAAGAAAAACUGGCUGCUCCAACCAUUGAAGUUGAUGUCAAGUUAAUCGAAGGUCUUGUAGUCAAAGCUGGUACAACUGUAAGACUUCCUGCCAUUAUUAGGGGAAUCCCCACUCCAACUGCAAAAUGGGUGACUGACAGUACAGAAAUCAAAUCAGAAGGCAACUACAAAAUUGACACUGACAGUUUUUCAACUGUGCUUACCAUUAAG